AUGGCAGAAGCUAAUCCAGUUGUACAGCAAAAUGAGCCCCUGCUACAGGAGGGGGAAGAACAACAUAACAAUAUUUGGCAAGAUAUGGGAUGGUCUUUGAUGGAUUCGGUGGGGUAUCCCGCCGGCGAGCGGUACACUAUAAAUAAUCCGAUGAGUGACUCGACAGAAUCUAUACCGUUCAUCAGGGCUACGGCACCUUCCUCUCUGUACAGCAUACCAUGGGGUGACAGAGCAUGGAACUCCUCGUCGUCUUUGCUGUGGUUAAACGACACGACACCUCCUCCCGUGUCGUUCCCACCUUUAAUAUGGACGAGGUCCACCUCAACGCCAGAGGAACCCCAGAGCGACCCCAUAUCUACACAUCUUUCCCACUCCAUCAUCCCGGAUCCCAUCGGCGAGCUCCCAACGUGGUGCAAAGACUUGGGCGAGAGUUACUGGUUUUCUGCUGAUAUGUUUACCUUCAGGAAACAGCGUCCCUUGCACAACCCCGUUGGCCCUCACAGGUACAUAAACCAUCACCUCAUCCCCCAUUCUUUGCGCACCCGCACAAACACGACCUUUGUCUACGGAUCUGGAGAUACAAUUCCUCGCUCUGGGACAGAUGUAACAGCUCCAUCGACAAGCUCGUCAGACAGUCUAGCUAGCAUUCCCUCCGCAAGCGGCUCGGACGGGCGCUCAAAUCCCACGAGUGCAACUGUGGCAGGCUCGCCGCCGACCAACUCCAAACCAGAAGGCGGCCGAAAUCCUAGUGUCGACUCAAUGGAAUCAUGGCUCAAUAGAUCGGCCGUACCUACAAAGCGGUCUGAGUCAGUCAGUGCCCACGCGGCUAUGGUCACUUCACUUGGCGAUAACAUCUCAGAAAUAAGCAGGGCUGAUGUCGAAGACCAGCACAGUAAUAGCACUGGCAGUAGCCUUUCGUCCUAUGCGCGAGCUUUCUUGCGACGGAUUAGGGAAAUUGCGCAUACACCCAAGGAACAAAAAAUAUCCGCAGAGUCCGAUGAGUCCAUGCACUUUAAAGGGAGUAUUGGGCAAAAAUACAAGCACGCAACUUCCCAUAUUCGCUCAGCGUUCCAGCCUGUAGUCAUUUACACAUGCAAAACCAAAGAACGCCUAUGGACCGCUCCAGACAAUCGGCGCCGCUCCCGUUUCAUGUCCAGGGAAAGUAGCGGCGACGAAGGCAGCGAUACCGACUCCCAGCAAGAAAAGCGCGACAGAGUAUCCAAAGAUACCAGUAACCAGCAUAAGGGCGAUCCUCCAGAGAAUGCGCUGCGUUACGGUGGACAUUGGGAGUGGAUAGAUGACGAUUCGACACAUGGGAGAACAAGGUUUUGCUCGUGUCUCUGGUAA